ACUAAAUCAAAAAACAGCAAAAUUGUAUUUGAAAUAUUUCAAAAAGGAUAAUUGGGGGUAGAAAAUUCCAAAUUUUGCAAAUAUCUACGACAAUACAUUGGUCAAUCUUACGCAGUUUAUGACGUCAUCAAUAAAGCAGCGAACAACAAAUACAAAGAAAGCAUCAAACUUAUUCAAUACCGUUCAAAAGCAGAAACAGCUGCUGCUGUAGAAGCACUUUCACUCAACUCUGUCGUUGAUUCGUCAUUUUUUACCACUGCUGCGAGAUAUCGCUGAGCGGGGGCCUCUUCCGAACACAAUUUAUCUCCUAUUGUGAAACAUGAUAAGAUGUAAAUAAGUAGUAAUCUGCAUUUUGCUCAGUCGCGAGAGGAUCCCCGCGCUUUGUUAACAUUUUGGUGGCUACAUAAAUACAGUUGAAGAGGAUGGACAUAUUAAAAGCAGAAAUAGAAAGAAAGAAAAGACAACUAGCUGAGAAAAAUGUGUUGGCACCUGACAAGAAGUACUUCAAGCGAGGUGACCUGGCGGCGCGGGACGCCGAAGAGUACCGUCAGAGGUGCGGUCUGGUGGAGGAGGGCGCCAUUCCGCGCCGCGCAGUGCCUCAGAGCGUGGCCGACGCCGACCACGCGCAGACCGGCGGUGCGGAGCUGUCGCGCUCAGAGGUGGUGCGCCGCCUGCGCGACCGUCUUGAGCCGAUCCUGCUGUUCGGUGAGACGGAGCUGGAGGCGUUCCGCCGCCUGCGCCGACUGGAGAUCCUGGAGCCGGAGGUUAACCGGGGUAUGAGGAACGACUUCCAGGCGGCCAUGGAUCAGGUGGACGCCGCCUACCUGGCCGAGUACCUGCAGCAGAGUGGCUCCGGCUCUGGCUCUGACGGCGACGCUGAGCGACCCGCGGCCGCCGAGGACGAGCCCCGUCUGACCAUGGCCGAGAUACAGUCGGAAGCGGCCGGCCGGCUCGGCUCCGGAGAUGCGGCGUUUGAUACCCAGCUGCUCAUCAAACUGUAUAAGUGCCUGCUACUCGAGUGGGGAGACAGCAUUCACAACCUGCCCCGUGCCGAGCGAGAGGCCAUCAAAAACAAAAUGGCGCUGGCCACGUAUAAACAGACCCAGCAGUACCUGAAGCCGCUGUUCAGACAGCUCAAAAAUGGACAACUUCCUGAGGACAUCAGAGAGUCGCUGGUCGAGAUCGCCCAGUUCAUGCUGGACAGAAACUAUAUCAAGGCUAACGACACAUACCUUCAGAUGGCCAUCGGUAACGCCGCGUGGCCGAUCGGAGUGACCAUGGUCGGUAUCCACGCCCGAACCGGCCGAGAGAAGAUCUUCUCCAAGCACGUGGCACACGUGAUGAACGACGAGACGCAGCGUAAGUUCAUCCAGGGCCUGAAGCGGCUCAUGACAAAGUGUCAGGAGUUCUAUCCGACAGAUCCGUCUCGAAGUGUUGAGUAUGGUGGACUGACCGAAGUGAAGAAGGUGCCCGAGUCGGACGAGUAGUCGGCUACAGGUGGCAGCACUUUGUGGACAAUAUUUGUAUAGGUGUCGCUGCGGACGCCCUUGUUUGUGUUUUGUGUCUGGUGUAUGUCGUGAUAGCUCGAUGAGGAAGGAAACUGAACGUGACAGGCGUGUCCACAGCUGAUGUGCUAUUCUUGUAUGAUGUAUUUCACUCCAGUUUCAUUUGAUACCAUGGUUGACAUCAAUAAGGGCCACAAACUGUGGAUCAGCAAGUAGCAACUACAAAAUGUUGGAUGCGUCACCUGAUGCGCCGAAACCAUCACCAAUGUCUCCCAUGUUUUGUGCCCAAGAUGAAAGCAUAAACAAUAUAGUAAUGCUGCAACCUAA